ACACCACUCCUGUCUCCAGUCAAAGUUGUCUCACAUCCUCCUGACUCCUCUGUCCGCGCGCUCCUCCAGUUGAACGCGUAAACCCACCGUCGGGAACCAAUGCUUCCAUCCCGCUGCGCUCACCCGGGGCUGCUCCUCACUCCAGGCUCCAGGCUCCUCAGCCCGGCAUGAUCUUGUGCAACGAAAGCCUGAACUGCGUGCAAUGUCCCGUAGGAGAGGGAGGAGGAGCCGAAAACACAGCGGCAGCACCGACGGACGCGUACGCCAGGGCGCCAGGUGGAGGCGGCGGCGUCACGCUGCCUCCUCUGUCCCUGACGCCCAGCGGCCACCUGGUGGUGGCGUUGUGCCUGGGCUUCAUCGGCACCCUGGGGUUCCUCAGUAACUUCCUGGUUCUAACCCUGUUCUGUCGGUAUCGGACGCUGCGCACACCCAUGAACCUGCUGCUGGUCAGCAUCUCCUUCAGCGACCUGCUGGUCUGCGUCCUGGGGACGCCGUUCAGCUUCGCGGCCAGUACGCAGGGACGGUGGCUGAUCGGACGCGUCGGCUGCGUCUGGUACGGUUUCGUGAACUCGUGUUUGGGAAUUUUCUCCCUCAUAAUUCUGGCCGUCAUCUCCUACGAACGCUACUGUACCAUGAUGGCGCCCACUAUAGCCGACGGCAGGGAUUUCCGCCCGGCCCUGGGAGGGAUCUGCUUCUCCUGUCUCUACUCUGUGGUCUGGACAGUUCCGCCUCUCCUGGGCUGGAGCCGUUAUGGGCCAGAGGGCCCGGGGACCACCUGCUCCGUGGACUGGAAGACCCAGACGUUGAACAACGUCUCCUACAUCGUGUGUCUGUUUGUCUUCUGUCUGCUGCUGCCGUUCUGCGUCAUCCUCCACUCCUACGGUAAACUGCUGCUGGCCAUCAGACAGGUCAGGAGUUCUGUGGUGGCUCGUCGCAGAGAGGAGCGAGUGUUGGUGAUGGUGGUCAUCAUGGUGUCGUGUUAUCUGGUCUGCUGGCUGCCGUACGGCGUCGUUGCUCUGAUUUCAACUUUUGGAUCCUCUGACCUUGUGACACCAGAAGUGAGCAUCGCACCAUCCCUGUUGGCCAAAUUCUCCACCGUCAUCAACCCUUUUAUUUACAUCUUCAUGAACAAACAGUUUUACAGGUGUUUCCUGGCAUUGCUUAAUUGCUCUAACCCUGAACUCAGCUCCAACAUGAAGACGUUUUCUCGACCAACCAUAACACUUCGAACCUUCCAUCAGGAGAAGAAACAUCACGUGUCGCCUCAGGCUCCACCUUCAGCUCUGCCCACACCCAGCUCCGGCCACAGAUCCUCACGCCAUGCUGCAGAUCCCGCUUCUCCAUCGAACCAAAGCUGCAACUCUUCACACCCUCCUUCUGAAAAUGGCCACACUCCUAAAGUGAUCCUGGUGGCCCACUACAGGGAAUAAGAGGAGCAGGAACCGCAGCAUCAGCA